AUGGCGUCCUCCCACCCGCGUGUCGUAAUCAUAGGAGCCGGAAUAGUGGGAACCAACCUUGCAGAUGAGCUGGUCUCUCGCGGAUGGAGCAACAUCACCGUCAUUGACCAAGGGCCAUUGGGAAUGCCGGGGGGCUCAACUUCUCAUGCCCCUGGUCUGGUGUUCCAAACGAACUCCUCAAAGACCAUGACUCAGUUUGCACGCUAUACCGUGGAAAAGCUCCAGUCUCUGGAAAAAGAUGGUCAAAACUGUUUCAACCAAGUAGGCGGCUUGGAGAUUGCUACAACUCCUGCACGUCUCAAAGACCUCAAGCGAAAGCAUGGUUGGGCGUCUUCAUGGGGCAUUGAAGCACGGCUGAUUAGCCCCGAGGAGUGUCUUCAAUUGUACCCCCUCUUGAACAAAGACAUGGUUCUUGGCGGUCUACAUAUCCCUAGCGACGGCCUGGCACUGGCUGCGCGUGCGGUGCAACUUCUCAUUGAACGCACGAAAAAGUCUGGCGUUCGCUAUGUCGACAUGACUCCGGUCACUGGAAUUGAACGCGCCAAUGGCCGUGUCACCGGAGUGACAACACCAAGUGGAAUCUUUCCAGCCGACAUUGUUGUCUCUUGCGCAGGGUUUUGGGGUGUUGAAAUCGGUGCCAUGGUCGGCCUCUCCAUUCCGCUGCUUCCCCUCGCUCACCAAUAUGUCAAGACGACUCCCGUGCCUGCAUUGAAAGCGCAUGAUAAUCCACCCAACUGGGCGAAGCUACCAAUGCWCCGUCACCAAGAUCAGGAUCUUUACUAUCGUGAGCACGGAGACCAGUAUGGAAUUGGAUACUACGGCCACCGGCCAAUGCCAGUCAACGCCGCAUCUCUGGGCCUGACGCCCAAGGACGUCAACGACAAGAAUAUGCCGUCCCGUCUAGCAUUCACCCCUGAAGACUUUGCGCCUGCAUGGGACGAGUCAAGGAAGUUGCUGCCUGCCAUGCGGGAAGUCGAGAUCGCAGAUGGUUUCAAUGGCAUCUUCUCGUUCACGCCCGACGGCGGUCCGAUUGUUGGACAGUCGCCGACGCUCGACGGCUUCUACGUAGCUGAAGCGGUGUGGGUAACACACUCGGCUGGCGUUGCACGAUCUGUCGCGCAACUUCUGACCACAGGACGCUCCGAAAUCGACCUAGGAGAGUGUGAGCUCACGCGAUUCGAAGAGGUGCAGCUCGCUUCAGACUACAUCAGUGAGACCUCACAGCAGAACUUUGUGGAGGUAUACGACAUAUUGCAUCCUUUGGAGCCUAGGCAGUCGCCCCGCAAUCUGCGUGUCAGCCCAUUCCACGCCAGACAACAAGAGCUUGGAGCUGUGUUCCUCGAGUCCAGGGCGUGGGAGCGUCCACACUGGUAUGAAGCGAAUGCGCCGCUCGUCAAAGAUUUGCCGCCUCAAUGGAAGCCAGUGGAGCGGGAUGCGUGGUCUGCUCGAUACUAUUCGCCUAUUGCAGCGGUAGAGGCGUGGAAGACUCGGACAGCGGUUGCCAUGUACGAUAUGACUCCGCUGCGUCGUGUUGACGUGUCCGGUCCUGGUGCAGUGGAUUUUCUGCAGCGUCUGACUACAGGCAACGUUGCUAAGAGUCCGGGGGCUGUCACCUACUCGCUGCUCUUGGAUAAGCAGGGAGGUAUACGCAGCGAUGCAACGGUUGCUCGCCUGGAGGAAAACUUAUUCCACGUUGGAAUUAACAGCCGUAUCGACCUAGUCUACUUGACCAGGGAAGCGAGACAACAAUCACAGCAGUGCCCCCAUCGCUGGGUUCAGGUUCGCGAUAUCACGGGCGGCACUUGCUGCAUCGGUCUCUGGGGGCCCCGAGCCUUCAACUUGGUCAGCGCUAUCAGUGUGGACGACCUAACGGACACCGGCCUCGGCCAUCACCAAGUUAAGAGAGCUCAUAUUGCUGGUAUUCCGGUCAUCAUGAUCCGUUUGACUCACGUUGGUGAAUUGGGCUGGGAAAUCUACACGAGUGCUGAAARUGGCCAGCGGCUAUGGGACGUUCUGUGGAAAGCUGGUCAACCGCACGGUGUCAUUGCAGCCGGACGCAUCGCUCUCAACGCACUGCGCAUGGAAAUGGGCUACAGAGACUGGGGCUCCGACAUGACCACCGAACACAACCCUUACGAGGCCGGUCUGGACCACACUGUCGAUCUAGCGAAGCCGAACUUCGUCGGAAGAAAGGCACUAUCACAGGUGGCCAAGAAGAGCGUGACCAAACGUCUACGCUCCCUCACCAUCAGCAACGGACGUUCGGUGGUGCUUGGUAAAGAGCCUGUCUUCCAUCAAGGCAAAGUGGUUGGCUACGUGACUAGUGCUGCUUUCGGCUACACGAUUGGGAAGCCCGUUGCAUACGCGUAUGUUCCAAGCAACAUCCGCGAAGGUGACAACGUCGAAGUGGAAUAUUUCGGUCGCCGGAUUCAAGCCACAGUGUCACCUGAUAACCUUCUAAGAGCAAGCCCUAAUGCUUGGAGACCGCAAGCAGCGCGCGAGAACGUUGAAGUCAGAGCACGAUUGUGA